AUGCAAAGUACAGAGACCUUAAACGCGGUGCUGCGAUACUUCAGGGGCUGGGGUGGUCACAGCAGGGGUACAUGGGGACAGGAAGGAGAUAGAAUGAAGAUUUUCCAAGGCGCUGAUUGGGUGCAUGCCCUUAGCGUGGCCGCUAAGCACAAGCAAUGUCAAGCAGGACCAACCGCCACGGCGCACUGGCUGCCUGGGGCCCCUGGAGAUACGAUUUCGCAUCGUCCUUGUCGUCAUCGUCAUCGCAACAUCCACAAGUCCGAUAUCCACGAUAGACACAUCUGCUGUCAUCAACCUACACUCUACUUCCUCGCGAUCCUUCUGGACAACACAGCUCGCUGUCGCGACUCUUGUUUCCACAUCUCGGAAGUCGACUUUUACUCUCUCUUCCUCUCCCUAUUAACCACCCGACGAACCCGUCAAUCCUCAGAACCCCCAGGCGACUUCCCGCGCGAACCCCUUCCGACGACACACCAGGUCGAGAACGAGUCCGUUGCACUCUGUAUCCAGAGACGUCGAGUUGAUUGCUGGCAUCUGGGUCAUUCGCGACAUUAUCGCAGCGACGCCUACGAAACCCACGACCUUCUCGUCGACCUACCUCAUUUGAUCCAUUUGCAUCCCGUUCCCGCCGCUGUCACAAGCUCGGCACUGAUCGCAAGAAAAGUCGCAUCGCAAGAUACACGCGCAUACCUACAUACCUACUGCCCAGCAGAUACUGUAGGGGAGACAUUUAUUUGUUCAUCUCCAACAAUUGGUAUGCCCUCCUUCCUUUUCUCUCCUCUCUUGUCGUGGUCGGGGUGCCUUCCUCCAUUUGCCUGCCCAUCAUCUCUGUCGUGCCUUCCCAUCUACCACAAACCGGUGGGGGUGGUUGGCGCCUGUGAUUGGCCCCCCAACCUCCGAACAUUAUGUUGCAUCUUUUACUUCACCAAAGCUUCCCAUCAACACAAUAUUGCCGCGCUUGACCCAUUUUCACAUCUUUUCAUUAUCACUUCACAGUCCCCAUCUUUGGAUCCACACUUCAUACUCUUUAUCAUUAUUACAAUCGGUCAUCAUCCAUCCACCGCAAUCAUGGAGGCGAUUCAGACCCAUCCCACGAGUGCGGCGCAGGCUAAGGCUUUCACCGCGCCCGGCUCCCUCUCGUUCCCCGGCGGCGCUCACGAGCUCCCUCCCCAGGCGAACGGCGAUAAGGCGGCCGUCAACGGACAAAUCCCUGUGCCCAACGGCCAGCAGCCUGCAAACGGUACCGGGGUGACACCCGCGACACCUGCUGCGACGCCUGCCGCGACACAGGGUGGCAGUGGCUUGACUCCUACGUUGCAGAACAUCGUUGCCACGGUAAACUUGGACUGCCGCUUGGACCUCAAGACGAUCGCCCUGCACGCGAGAAACGCAGAGUACAACCCCAAGCGUUUCGCUGCCGUCAUCAUGCGUAUUCGUGAGCCCAAGACCACUGCCCUGAUCUUCGCUUCCGGCAAGAUGGUCGUCACCGGUGCCAAGUCCGAGGAUGACUCGAAGCUUGCGUCUCGCAAGUACGCCCGUAUCAUCCAGAAGCUCGGCUUCAACGCCAAGUUCACGGACUUCAAGAUCCAGAACAUUGUCGGCUCUUGCGAUAUCAAGUUCCCCAUUCGCUUGGAGGGUCUCGCUUCGCGCCAUCACAACUUCAGUUCUUACGAGCCUGAGCUGUUCCCUGGUCUUAUCUACCGCAUGAUUAAGCCCAAGAUUGUGCUCCUUAUCUUCGUCAGCGGCAAGAUCGUCCUCACCGGUGCCAAGGUGCGAGAGGAGAUUUACCAGGCCUUCGAGAUGAUCUAUCCCGUGCUUCAGGGUAAAUCAUUGACCCAGUCGAUGUACUACCACCAUACACAAAACCACCGACUUUCGUCCGUCACCUGGCAAUAUGGUCGUGACACAAUCAUCGACGCCCGUUCUGCUCACUUCAUCUUUUCCGUUGCAUUGCAUUGGCGUUGGUACAGGAGACUGCUCGUGGCACCGUCGACGGCAGAUGCGCAGGUCGACCUUGCCGUUUUUAAUGGACUCGACUUAGAUGCAUUGGGGUCUCGGACCGGAUGGGGGAUGAUCAACGGGGAUGAUACGGAGUUGAAGUUGCCUCCUGGACAUUUUAGGCGACAUGACCGAUCACUCAAGUCUUACUCUACGUUCAGUCUGCGAGUUUGA